UCUUGGCUGCUGGGUUCCCUCACACACCCCUGCUGAUCUAGCCCCUAAUACUGGCUAGGGCCUUGUUUUGUAGUGGACCCAUCUUCAAUGUGGGAUGCUGAAGCCCCUGCUGCUGUCUCCUCUGUCCCUAGAUACUGAGGGGAAGGCACAUGCUCUGCAGAAUGACUCUGACUGUGGGCUCUGGAUAUCUGGAGCUCCAGAUGGCUCCAGUAAAGUAUCGGUCUCCUAUACCGGCUGUUAUGUCUUUGAAUGGGAUGGCAAUUACCUCAUGCUGGUUGGGCUUGAAGGAACAGAUGCUGCUGGACAAAAGGUUAUUCAUAAAGAGAAGCUGCUCAGGUGCCCUGUGGACCUUCCAGCCCUGGAUGCUCCAAGCAGUAGUGUUUGUUCUGCUGUCCUCAGCCAAGACCGGCUGCCGUGUGCCUCCUUGCCUAUCAGUCAGGGAGACUGUGAAGUGCAAGGCUGCUGCUAUGACCCUAGGGACAGAGUGAAACCUUGUUACUUUGGUAACACAGUGACAGCUCACUGCACGUCAGAAGGCCAGUUUUCCAUUGCCAUUUCUCGGGAUGUGACCCUGCCACCUGUUAUCCUGGACUCUGUGCAGCUGGCCAGUGGACAUAGUACUGGUUGCGUCCCUGUUGUGAAAAACAAUGCCUUUGUUGUGUACCAGUUUCCACUCUCUGCCUGUGGCACCACUUUUCAGGUGACUGGAGAUCAGGCCAUAUAUGAGAAUGAGUUGGUGGCUUCGAGGGAUGUGAAGACUGGGAGCCUUGGUUCUGUCACUAGAGAUAGCACUUUCAGGUUACAUGUUCGCUGCAGUUACUCCAUCACUGGGAGCUUUAUCCCCUUGAGUGUUCAGGUCUUCACAUUGCCACCUCUCCCUGCUGUGUCCCAGCCAGGUCCUCUGUCCUUGGAGCUGCGUGUUGCCUCAGAUGGAAGCUAUACUUCCUACUAUACUGACAGUGACUAUCCUGUGGUGAAGACUCUGAGAGAUCCUGUUUAUGCAGAAGUCAAGAUUCUUCAGAGAACAGACCCAGAGUUGGUUUUGAUCCUGCACCACUGCUGGGCCACACCAAGUAUUAACCCCCAGCAAAAGCUGCAGUGGCCUGUCUUGGUGGAUGGGUGCCCUUAUGCAGGAGACAACUAUCAAACACAGUUGGUACCUUUGAGUCUUGGCUCAGGACUGCUGUUCCCCUCUCAUUACCAGCGUUUCACCCUCUACACCUUCACUUUUGUGGACUCCACUUCCCAAGAGAUGCUCUCUGGGCUGGUCUACCUCCACUGCAGUGCCUCAGUGUGCCACCGGUCUGUACAGGAAUCCUGUGCCACCACUUGUGCUGCUAGAGCCAGGGGUAAAAGGAGUGCUGAGCAUCUUCAGGACGGUGCCUCCCAUGUCUCCAGCAAAGGCCCUGUGAUUUUCCUCCAAGACAAGUUAAGAUGGGACACAGCAAUGGAUGGCACUGGAGCAGCUGUGCGUGCUGCAGCCCCCUGGGCUCUGGGGUUUGCUGUGGUGGCAACUGGGGCAGCUCUGUGCAUGGUGCUUGUGGCUGCUGUGCUGUGGCAAAGGAAGGGGCCUGUAACACAUGAAAUCAAUGCAUUGCAAUAAAGUGGCUGUCAAACCCGCUUGUUCUGUGGAAGUUCUUCUCCCUGGCCCAGAGCACAAGGGGUUGAACAGGAGUGUGUCUUAA